UUCGCAAAGAAUAAGUUUAAUCCAUUCCCAGAGGCUUUAAAUCAGGACAUCCUUCGAGGGGUUGGGGGGGGAUCCCCAAGGGGAUUGGAGGUGCAUCUUCUUGGACCUGAAGUCUCUUAGCCCAGUCGGCCAGUGGCAGUCCCAGAAAACUGUCCUGUUUCUCAGCGGCGACACAAAACUACCGUGUCACUGGCUUCAAUCACUCAGAAAGCUCCUGCUGGUCUAGCUCCCCUAGCACCCCCAGCUCCCCAGCUUCCCCAAAGCCAGGGAGACGAUUUGGAACCUCAGCCCGGGAAGCUCAGGGCAUUCUGGGAGUUGUAGUCCAAGCCUACCGCCGGAGGCGCCUACGAGACCCUUGACUUGGACUACAUUGCCCAGGGAGCCUCGAGGAGUAUAUAAGCCACGCCGGAGCUGGGCUCAAGUGCAGUAACCAUGUGGAUGUGCUGCUGAACCGUUUCCUGAAACUCACUGGGGUGGGAGGAGGAGGAGGAGGUGGAGGUGGCGGAGGAAAGAAGAAGGAGGAGGAGGGGAGGAGGAGAAGGGAGGUGGAGGGAACGAGAGAAAGGCGAAGCAAGGCUAGGCACCCGACGGGACGAGACGAAACCAGACGCUGGAGUGGGUGCGUGUCAGCGUCCAUCCUAACGGGACGGAGCUCCGGCUUCGGGGACAUGGAAUUACAAAGUAGCUGCUAACGCUCUCUUGGCCAGGCUCCCAAAACAAGCAGGCACAGCUCCUGGGGGCGACAAGGCGCCGACCCAGUGGAGCAGGAACUGUACCACCCCAGUUUGGGUGUGCUAUAGAUACUGUGGCUUACCUGUGACAGAAUCCUCAAGAAAAACAUGUCGGACAAGAUGUCUAGUUUCCUGCAUAUUGGAGACAUUUGUUCUCUAUACGCAGAGGGAUCAACAAAUGGAUUUAUCAGCACCUUGGGCCUGGUGGAUGACCGAUGUGUUGUGCAGCCAGAAACAGGCGAUCUGAACAACCCACCCAAGAAAUUCAGAGAUUGCCUCUUUAAGCUAUGUCCUAUGAAUCGAUACUCUGCCCAGAAGCAGUUUUGGAAAGCUGCAAAGCCUGGCGCAAACAGCACGACGGAUGCAGUACUACUUAACAAAUUGCACCAUGCAGCAGAUUUGGAGAAAAAGCAAAAUGAGACAGAAAACAGGAAGCUCUUGGGAACCGUCAUCCAGUAUGGCAAUGUCAUUCAGCUCCUGCAUUUGAAAAGUAACAAAUAUUUAACAGUGAAUAAGAGGCUUCCAGCUCUCCUAGAGAAGAAUGCAAUGCGAGUGACUUUGGAUGAGGCUGGGAAUGAAGGCUCUUGGUUUUAUAUUCAGCCAUUCUACAAGCUACGGUCUAUCGGAGACAGUGUUGUCAUUGGAGACAAAGUGGUUCUGAAUCCUGUCAAUGCUGGCCAGCCUCUUCAUGCUAGCAGUCACCAGCUAGUGGACAACCCAGGCUGCAAUGAGGUCAAUUCUGUCAACUGCAACACCAGCUGGAAAAUCGUCCUUUUCAUGAAAUGGAGCGAUAACAAAGAUGACAUAUUAAAAGGGGGUGAUGUAGUCAGAUUGUUCCAUGCAGAGCAAGAGAAGUUUCUGACCUGUGAUGAGCAUCGAAAGAAGCAGCAUGUCUUCUUGAGGACCACUGGGAGGCAGUCAGCCACUUCUGCAACCAGUUCCAAAGCCCUUUGGGAGGUCGAGGUGGUACAACAUGACCCAUGUCGUGGUGGAGCAGGAUACUGGAAUAGUCUCUUUCGUUUCAAACAUCUUGCUACUGGGCAUUACUUAGCAGCAGAGGUAGACCCUGACUAUGAGGAAGAAUGCCUGGAGUUUCAAUCCUCAAUGGACUCUGAUCAGGACACAUCAAGAAGCAGGUUACGAAAUGCCCAAGAAAAGAUGGCGUACUCCCUAGUCUCUGUGCCAGAAGGAAACGAUAUCUCUUCCAUCUUUGAGCUAGAUCCUACCACCUUGCGAGGAGGUGAUAGCCUUGUUCCAAGAAACUCCUAUGUCAGACUCAGACACCUGUGCACUAAUACCUGGGUUCACAGCACAAAUAUCCCCAUUGACAAGGAAGAAGAAAAACCGGUGAUGCUUAAAAUUGGCACAUCUCCCGUGAAGGAAGACAAGGAAGCUUUUGCCAUAGUUCCGGUGUCUCCUGCUGAAGUUCGAGAUUUGGAUUUUGCCAAUGAUGCGAGCAAGGUUUUAGGAUCCAUUGCUGGCAAGCUGGAAAAAGGGACUAUUACACAGAAUGAAAGAAGAUCGGUGACCAAGCUGCUUGAAGACCUAGUUUACUUUGUCACUGGUGGAACUAAUUCAGGUCAAGACGUUCUUGAAGUAGUGUUCUCCAAACCUAACAGAGAACGCCAGAAACUGAUGAGAGAACAGAAUAUUCUCAAGCAGAUUUUCAAGCUACUGCAGGCCCCAUUUACAGACUGUGGAGAUGGACCAAUGCUGCGUUUGGAGGAGCUAGGGGACCAGCGGCACGCUCCUUUUCGACACAUCUGCCGGCUGUGCUACAGGGUGUUAAGGCAUUCACAACAGGACUACAGAAAGAACCAGGAGUACAUCGCCAAGCAGUUUGGCUUUAUGCAGAAGCAAAUUGGCUAUGAUGUUCUGGCUGAAGAUACGAUUACAGCUCUGCUUCACAACAAUCGGAAACUCCUGGAGAAGCACAUCACUGCGGCUGAGAUUGACACCUUUGUCAGUCUCGUGAGAAAAAAUCGGGAGCCCAGAUUCUUAGAUUACCUCUCUGACCUGUGUGUGUCCAUGAACAAGUCCAUUCCGGUGACCCAAGAACUGAUCUGUAAAGCGGUGCUGAAUCCAGCUAAUGCUGACAUACUGAUUGAGACUAAGUUGGUUCUUUCUCGUUUUGAGUUUGAAGGCGUGUCUACUGGUGAAAAUCCUCUGGAAGCUGGAGAAGAUGAGGAGGAGGUUUGGCUAUUCUGGAGAGACAGCAACAAGGAGAUUCGCAGUAAGAGUGUCCGGGAGCUGGCUCAGGAUGCUAAGGAAGGGCAAAAAGAAGAUCGGGAUGUCCUCAGCUACUAUAGGUAUCAGUUGAACCUGUUUGCUAGGAUGUGUUUGGACAGACAGUAUCUGGCCAUCAACGAAAUAUCCGGCCAACUUGAUGUAGACCUCAUUCUUCGAUGCAUGUCUGAUGAGAACUUGCCCUAUGAUCUGAGAGCAUCAUUCUGCCGACUGAUGCUCCAUAUGCAUGUGGACAGAGACCCUCAGGAACAGGUUACUCCUGUGAAAUAUGCCCGCCUGUGGUCAGAGAUCCCUUCGGAAAUAGCGAUUGAUGACUAUGAUAGCAGUGGAACAUCCAAAGAUGAAAUUAAAGAGAGAUUUGCUCAGACUAUGGAAUUUGUGGAGGAAUAUUUAAGAGAUGUCGUUUGUCAGAGAUUUCCCUUCUCUGAUAAAGAGAAAAAUAAGCUCACAUUCGAGGUUGUAAACUUGGCCAGAAAUCUCAUCUAUUUUGGUUUCUACAACUUCUCUGACCUCUUACGAUUAACCAAGAUCCUGCUGGCUAUCUUAGAUUGUGUACAUGUUACUACUAUAUUCCCUAUUAGCAAAAUGGCAAAAGGAGAAGAGAAUAAAGGCAGUAAUGUGAUGAGGUCCAUCCAUGGAGUUGGAGAGUUGAUGACUCAGGUUGUUCUCAGGGGAGGAGGGUUUUUGCCCAUGACUCCCAUGGCAGCUGCACCUGAAGGAAAUGUGAAACAAACAGAGCCUGAGAAGGAAGAUAUCAUGGUCAUGGACACCAAGUUGAAGAUCAUUGAGAUUCUUCAGUUUAUUUUGAAUGUGAGAUUGGAUUAUAGGAUCUCAUGCCUCCUGUGUAUAUUUAAACGGGAGUUUGAUGAAAGCAAUUCCCAGACUUCAGAGACAUCCUCAGGAAGCAGCAACCAAGAGGGACCAAGUAAUGUACCAGGCGCUCUUGACUUUGAACAUAUUGAGGAGCAAGCUGAGGGAAUCUUUGGAGGAAGUGAAGAGAACACGCCAUUGGACCUGGACGAUCAUGGAGGCAGAACAUUUCUUCGAGUCUUACUCCAUUUGACAAUGCAUGACUAUCCACCUCUUGUGUCUGGGGCACUUCAACUUCUCUUCAGGCACUUCAGUCAGAGGCAAGAAGUCCUUCAAGCAUUCAAACAGGUUCAACUGCUUGUUACCAGCCAAGAUGUUGACAACUACAAGCAGAUCAAACAAGACUUGGACCAAUUGAGGUCAAUAGUGGAAAAGUCAGAACUCUGGGUGUACAAAGGACAAGGACCUGAUGAGACAAUGGAUGGAGCAUCUGGUGAAAAUGAACACAAGAAAACAGAGGAAGGGAAUAACAAGUCUCAAAAGCAUGAAAGUACCAGCAGCUACAACUACAGAGUGGUAAAAGAGAUUUUGAUUAGACUUAGCAAACUGUGUGUCCAAGAGAGUGCCUCUGUCAGGAAGAGCAGAAAGCAGCAGCAGCGGUUACUGAGAAACAUGGGAGCCCAUGCCGUUGUCCUGGAACUCUUGCAGAUCCCCUAUGAAAAGGCUGAAGAUACACGGAUGCAAGAGAUCAUGAAGUUGGCUCAUGAGUUUUUACAGAAUUUCUGUGCUGGUAAUCAGCAGAAUCAGGCACUCCUCCACAAGCACAUAAACCUCUUUCUGAAUCCUGGGAUCCUGGAGGCAGUGACCAUGCAGCAUAUUUUCAUGAAUAACUUCCAGCUUUGCAGUGAGAUCAACGAGAGAGUCGUCCAGCACUUUGUCCAUUGUAUUGAAACACAUGGCAGGAACGUCCAGUACAUCAAAUUCCUGCAAACAAUUGUCAAGGCCGAAGGGAAGUUUAUUAAAAAAUGCCAAGACAUGGUCAUGGCGGAGUUGGUUAAUUCAGGAGAAGAUGUCCUUGUGUUCUACAAUGAUAGAGCCUCCUUCCAGACUCUCAUCCAGAUGAUGAGAUCAGAGCGGGACCGAAUGGAUGAAAAUAGCCCUCUGAUGUACCAUAUCCACUUGGUAGAACUCUUAGCAGUGUGCACAGAGGGUAAAAAUGUCUACACUGAGAUCAAGUGUAACUCCCUCCUUCCUUUAGAUGACAUUGUCCGAGUAGUGACCCAUGAGGACUGCAUCCCUGAGGUUAAAAUUGCAUACAUCAACUUUCUGAACCAUUGCUAUGUGGACACUGAGGUAGAAAUGAAGGAGAUUUAUACCAGUAAUCAUAUGUGGAAGUUAUUUGAGAAUUUUCUUGUUGACAUCUGUAGGGCAUGUAACAACACAAGUGACAGGAAACAUGCCGACAACAUUUUGGAGAAGUACGUGACUGAGAUUGUCAUGAGCAUUGUGACAACCUUCUUCAGCUCCCCCUUCUCUGAUCAAAGCACCACCUUGCAGACUCGUCAGCCAGUCUUUGUACAGCUGCUACAGGGAGUGUUCAGGGUUUAUCACUGCAACUGGCUGAUGCCAAGCCAGAAAGCCUCCGUCGAGAGUUGUAUAAGGGUGCUCUCUGAUGUAGCUAAAAGCCGGGCAAUUGCCAUUCCUGUGGACUUGGACAGCCAGGUUAACAACCUGUUCCUGAAGUCACACAACAUUGUGCAGAAAACUGCCAUGAACUGGCGGCUGUCAGCAAGAAACGCUGCUCGCAGGGACUCUGUCCUCGCCGCUUCCCGUGAUUACAGGAACAUCAUUGAAAGAUUGCAGGAUAUAGUUUCUGCAUUAGAAGACCGUUUACGGCCCCUUGUCCAGGCAGAGUUGUCUGUGCUCGUGGAUGUUCUCCAUCGACCAGAACUGCUUUUCCCAGAGAACACAGACGCCCGAAGAAAAUGUGAAAGCGGAGGCUUUAUCUGCAAGUUAAUAAAACAUACCAAACAGCUGCUAGAAGAAAAUGAAGAAAAACUUUGUAUCAAAGUGUUACAAACCCUCAGGGAAAUGAUGACCAAAGAUAGAGGCUAUGGAGAAAAGCUGAUUACCAUUGAUGAAUCGGAUAAUACUGAGCUGCCGCAACCUCCAGAAACGGAGAACUCGGUAGAGCAGGAGGUUGAUCAAAGUCUACCACUGAGGCAACUGGAAGACCAUAAAAGGGGUGAGGCACUCAGGCAAAUUUUGGUCAACCGUUACUAUGGAAACAUCAGACCUGCAGGAAGAAGAGAGAGCCUUACGAGCUUUGGCAAUGGCCCGCUAUCUCCAGGAGGACCUAGCAAAGCUGGGGGAGGAGGGGGAAGUUCAGCAUCCAGUACCAUGAGCAGAGGUGAAAUGAGUUUGGCAGAUGUUCAGUGCCAUCUGGAUAAAGAAGGGGCAUCCAAUCUCGUCAUUGACCUCAUCAUGAAUGCGUCCAGUGACCGAGUUUUUCAUGAAAGUAUCCUGCUUGCCAUUGCACUCUUGGAAGGUGGAAACACGACUAUACAGCACUCCUUUUUCUGCCGGUUGACAGAGGAUAAAAAGUCAGAAAAAUUCUUUAAGGUUUUCUAUGACCGAAUGAAAGUGGCCCAACAAGAAAUCAAGGCAACAGUCACUGUUAACACAAGUGACUUGGGGAAUAAGAAGAAAGAUGAUGAUCCAGACAGAGAUGCCCCAUCACGUAAAAGAGCAAAAGAGCCCUCAACACAGAUAACAGAAGAGGUUCGAGACCAGUUAUUGGAGGCCUCCACUGCCACAAGGAAAGCUUUCACCACCUACAGAAGAGAAGCGGAUCCUGAUGACCAUUUCCCAUCUGGAGAAGGUGGAACCCCAGCCACACCAGACAAACCCAAAGAUGACUUGGAGAUGAGUGCUGUGAUCACAAUCAUGCAACCCAUUCUCCGCUUCUUACAGCUCCUCUGUGAAAACCAUAACCGAGAUCUUCAGAACUUCCUUCGUUGUCAAAAUAAUAAGACCAACUACAACUUGGUGUGUGAGACGUUGCAAUUUCUAGAUUGCAUUUGCGGAAGCACAACUGGAGGGCUUGGACUUCUUGGUCUGUAUAUAAAUGAGAAGAAUGUCGCACUCAUCAACCAGACACUGGAAAGUCUGACCGAAUACUGUCAGGGACCCUGCCAUGAAAACCAGAACUGCAUAGCUACUCAUGAAUCCAAUGGCAUUGACAUAAUCACAGCUUUAAUCCUAAAUGAUAUCAACCCCUUGGGAAAGAAGAGGAUGGAUCUUGUAUUAGAACUGAAGAACAAUGCAUCAAAAUUGCUUCUGGCAAUCAUGGAAAGCAGGCAUGACAGUGAAAAUGCUGAAAGGAUAUUAUACAACAUGAGACCAAAGGAAUUGGUGGAAGUCAUCAAGAAGGCUUACAUGCAAGGUGAAGUGGAAUUUGAGGAUGGAGAAAAUGGUGAGGAUGUGGCUGCAUCUCCUAGGAAUGUGGGCCACAACAUCUACAUUUUAGCCCAUCAGUUGGCUCGACAUAACAAAGAACUUCAGAACAUGCUGAAACCCGGAGGUCAAGUAGAAGGAGAUGAAGCUCUAGAAUUCUAUGCCAAACACACAGCACAAAUUGAGAUCGUCAGGUUAGAUCGCACAAUGGAGCAAAUAGUUUUCCCUGUGCCCAGCAUAUGUGAAUUUCUUACCAAGGAGUCCAAACUACGGAUCUAUUACACCACCGAACGGGAUGAACAAGGGAGUAAAAUAAAUGACUUUUUCUUGAGAUCCGAAGACCUCUUCAAUGAAAUGAAUUGGCAGAAGAAGCUGAGAGCCCAGCCAGUGUUGUACUGGUGCUCUAGGAACAUGUCCUUCUGGAGCAGCAUUUCAUUUAACCUGGCCGUCCUGAUGAAUCUGCUUGUUGCAUUUUUCUACCCAUUUAAAGGAGUCCGAGGAGGCACCCUUGAGCCACACUUGUCAGGACUGCUGUGGACCGCCAUGCUGAUCUCCUUGGCCAUAGUCAUCGCCCUCCCCAAGCCCCACGGCAUCCGAGCGCUCAUUGCUUCCACUAUCCUCCGGCUCAUCUUUUCGGUUGGCUUGCAGCCCACGUUGUUCCUUCUGGGCGCUUUCAAUGUCUGUAAUAAAAUCAUUUUCCUGAUGAGCUUUGUUGGGAACUGUGGGACCUUCACAAGAGGAUACCGAGCGAUGAUCCUGGAUGUCGAGUUCCUUUAUCAUCUGUUAUAUCUCCUUAUCUGUGCCAUGGGACUCUUUGUUCACGAAUUCUUCUACAGUCUGUUGCUUUUUGACUUGGUGUACAGAGAAGAGACUCUGCUUAAUGUCAUCAAGAGUGUUACUCGCAAUGGACGAUCCAUCAUCCUGACUGCCGUUCUUGCCCUGAUCCUGGUUUACCUGUUCUCCAUUGUGGGCUAUCUGUUCUUCAAAGAUGACUUUAUCUUAGAAGUAGACAGACUGCCCAAUGAAACCUCACUUCCAGAUACCAGUGAAAGUCUGGCGGGAGAGUUCCUGUAUUCUGAUGUGUGUAGGUUGGGGGCUGGGGAAAACUGUUCUUCUCCCAUACACACAGAAGAGCUGACUCCGGCAGAACAAAUCGAAGAAGAUAAAGAACAUACGUGUGAGACAUUACUGAUGUGCAUUGUUACUGUGCUGAGUCACGGGCUGAGAAGUGGGGGUGGAGUAGGAGAUGUGCUCAGGAAGCCAUCCAAAGAGGAACCUCUUUUUGCUGCUCGAGUGAUUUAUGACCUCCUGUUCUUCUUCAUGGUGAUUAUCAUCGUCCUUAACCUGAUUUUUGGAGUCAUCAUCGAUACCUUUGCUGACCUGAGGAGUGAAAAGCAGAAGAAAGAGGAGAUCUUGAAGACCACCUGCUUUAUUUGUGGCUUGGAGAGAGACAAGUUUGAUAACAAGACAGUCACUUUUGAAGAGCACAUUAAAGAGGAACACAACAUGUGGCAUUAUUUGUGCUUCAUAGUCUUGGUCAAGGUGAAGGAUUCUACCGAGUACACAGGGCCAGAAAGCUACGUGGCAGAGAUGAUCAAGGAAAGAAAUUUGGACUGGUUUCCUAGGAUGCGAGCCAUGUCACUGGUCAGUAGUGAUUCUGAAGGAGAGCAAAAUGAGCUGAGGAACCUACAGGAAAAGCUGGAGUCCACCAUGAAGCUCGUUUCCAAUCUCUCUGGUCAGCUCUCAGAAUUAAAGGAUCAGAUGACAGAACAAAGGAAGCAGAAACAGAGAAUUGGCCUUCUAGGACAUCCUCCUCACAUGAACGUCAACCCACAGCAACCAGCAUAAGUCAAUGAAAUAAAGGGGUAGUAUUUAA